UAUCGCAUACUGUCGAAUCCUCCGCGUGCCUGCUUCAACAUUCAUUUUUUCAUCGUCCCUUUUGCCAUUUCCCCUUGACUUGUGCCUGAAUCUGUGUUCAAGCGGAAGUGGUUCGGCUGGAUUGCACAUGCAUGCUCAAAGCUUGGGCAAUCACCCGGCCGCCCGGUCUUUCCAUCUCCAGGAGGGCCGGAGCUCAGGCCCGGAGCAAAACAUCCGUCGUCUCGGCCUUGACGCCGCCCAGCUAGUGCUUCCGAGUUCCUUCUCCUGUACCUGUGUCCCCUCCUCAUCAUCCUGCUGAGUUCCUCCCAAUACGCUCGUUGCUGUUCUUGAUAGUUAACUCGUUUGCCAGCGCUAGUCCCCCAUCAGAGUCACCAAAACGCCAUGGACACUCCGUCACACUUCUUUAGCGAUUCCUUGGCAUACGAGGAUUCCAACCCAUAUCAGGAGGAUGACCAUGAUGUCCCAUAUGAAGUUACUCACGAGAUCCCCCAAGACAUCUCUCACGAUAUUCCUCAUGAUAUUCCCCGGAUACUUCCUGAUGUAGGCAUGAGCGAAGCCGGGCUUCAGUCGUACCAGGUUUUCGAUCACAAGCUAUCCAUCGACCAAUCUCCAAUAUCGGGCGAUGGUCCAACGUUAGGGGAGCGGCCGGGGAUAUGGGAUGGCUUCGCAGAACCAAGCGCCAUGGAAACGAAUAAUAGGCUCUUUGUUGACCCGGGCCUAUACGGAGGAAGAGAUCAAGACGUCAACGGGUUAGAAGGGGUCGGUGAUCCGGACAGCAUCGACGCGAAUACAAGCUCUUUUUCCGAUGGCAUGUCACGGGUUUCCACCCGACGGUCCUCGAGCAACAAAUCCAACUCCCAUCGAUCGUCCAAGUCCGGCAGCAUGUCCACGGAUAUAACGCCCCCGGAUCAAGACCCGCCAAAAAAGAGAAAACAGAGGAGCAAAAAGGACGCCAAUACGGGAGAGGAUGAGCACAAGAGGAACAAGUUCCUCGAACGGAACCGACUAGCUGCGAGCAAAUGCCGAGAGAAGAAGAAGCUGUACACCCAGGAGCUGGAAGGAACAAAAAUCAACCUCGAAGCAAGGAACGUAAGCUUGCAAAGGGAAUACAGCAUCCUGCUCAGCGAGGUCAGCGAUCUGAAGCAUCAGUUGAUGGUACACGCCAAGUGCAAUGAUCGCAACAUCGACCUGUGGCUGGAAAACGAAGCUCGACGUUUUGUCCAGACUAGCGACGCCUUUGGUCAAACGUUCGCCAGUCUGGGACAAUCAGGACAGGCUUCAGGCGUGCCUGGGGUGCCAGGAUCCCCCAAAAGCCGACACGCAAGCAUCGCUCCAAGCUACCCGGCCAUGCCAGGAGUCCAGCUCGGCGUUCUUCGACCAGGCGCAGAAGGGCAAGGCGGCGGCGGCGGCGGAUUGACAUACGGUCAGUCACCGGGCAUACUUGCUCCUCCUCCAAACACCACUCCUCCAACUCACCAGCAAUCAGGUUCAGGUUCGGGGCUAUACACACCUCCUGGUGGUGCCAACGGUGGCUACUCGAACACCAACCCCCAAGGUAUGAAAAGAGAGCCGGACAUUAACUAUGACCACAUGCCCGAUGACAUGUUCAGCGACCAGUCGACUUUCGGCAGCGGAUAACGCAUGAUCCGGCUGGCUAGAAGCAAGAGAAAGAAGCGAAAAUCUGGAGAAGGGGUCAGCUGUGCUUCUAUGUGCGUGGCUAUAUCAUAACCUCAUAUGCUCUCGCGGCUUAUAUUGCGACAUUCCAUCAACAUUUAUAACACUAUCGUCCAAUGGUUCAUUUGUCAGACUCGUUUUUAAAAGCCAAAUCCCCGUUCGCGUGG